AUGGCAGUGUCGGGUGCAAGAAAACACCAUACUCCCAGAUCCCUUUGCUUAGAAAGGACCUCGCAGCACUAUUACCCCCACCAAGAUGUAGCUUAUGCUCCUCAGUCAUACACGGUCAUGAAUGCUCAACCCUAUGUCCGGCCACAACAACAAGCCAGCCGGAAGCAAGCUCCGUUUUCUAGAAACCAGCCUCCUUACCAAAACCACUACAACCCCCGGCCUCCACAAAAUAAUUUCCACCCUCGUGAACCACCCAAGAGGCCAAAUUUUACACCAAUUGGCGAACCCUACUCUAGCCUGUUACCAAAGCUUGUUCAAAUAGAGGCAGAAGGGCACGACACGGAUGAUUGCUGGACUCUGAAGAGAGCUGUGGAGAACUUGAUAGAACAAAGGAAGAUAGUGCUAAGGGAUGAAGAUAUUCCCAAUGUGACUAACAACCCACUGCCGGUCCACAACAACGGGCCGGUAAUCGGAAUGAUUUGUGAGGACAAGGAAUUUGACCCAGCGUUGAAGGCCAUCAUUGCCAUACUUGAUGUAGAAAAGAAACCAAAGGCUGCCCCGAAGCAAGACAAAGGGGAAAAAAAGAACAAAACCACCCCUCCAAAGUCAGAGAAGAAAGUUGAAAUUGAAACUGGGGCAACGCCUAACAAAGAUGUUGUCCUCCAUGUCCCUCGAGGCCGCAAAGAAAAGCAGAUGACUUUGAGUCCUCCUAGGAGAUUCGAGCUGAAUAAGACAACCCAAAUGUAUGUGCCCAAGGGAGCUUAUGUGAUGUGGGGGCCAAUUAAUCCACCAAGGUUGAGUGAGCCCGUGGUUAUUAGUUGUGCACCACAAAAGCCCAUGACGGAUCCUACCGCUAUGCCCUGGAACUACAAUAAAUCAGUGGUGACUUACAAAGGCAAAGAAAUCUCAGGAGAAGUUCAAGAAAAUAACCCGGCUGAAAAGUAUUUCAAUUUGGAAGAGGUGAACAAUGCCACUGGAAAGCGCUUCCCAUCUAAGAAGCCCAUGAGUGCCGAAGAAGCGGAGGCCUUCUUUCAAAAGAUGAAAAUGGUGGAUUAUGAGGUGAUCGACCAGCUUCAAAGAUUUCCCGCACAAGUCUCCUUGUUAUCUCUGUUAAUGAACUCCACCGAACAUCAGAAGGUAUUGAUCAAGACCCUUAACGAAGCAUAUGUGCCUGUUGAGACUUCUGUAGAGCAGUUGGGGAGAAUGGCCGAAAGAUUUUUCGCAAUCAACCAGAUCUCUUUUAGCAAAAAUGAAUUGCCCCCAGAAGGGGCCACACAAAAAAAAGCCCUGCACCUGACAGUCAAAUGCAAAAGGUACUACGUGAAAAGGGUUAUGUUGGACGGAGGCUCUGGGGUAGACAUUUGCCCACUCUCAACUCUGCAGCAUAUGGAAAUCAGUACCGAAAGAAUCCGACCCAACAACGUCUGUGUUCUGGACAUGGACACAUUCUACAACUUUCUUUUGGGGAGGCCGUGGAUCCAUGCAGCGGGAGCUAUACCCUCUACUCUUCACCAGAUGGUGAAGUUAGAGCACAAGGAUCAAGAGAUUGUGGUCCAUAGGGAAGAUGAGCAAUCAAUUUAUCAGGACCCAUCAGUCCCGUAUCUUGAAGCAAGAGAGGGGAGUGAGCACAUAGUCUAUCAGGCCUUUGAAUUCAUGGUCGCUGAUCAGUGCGAAGAAGAAAAACCUUGCCCUAAACCCUUCCUUUCUAAUGCAUCAAUCAUGGUGGCCAAAGAAAUGAUCAGGCACGGCUACAAACCUGGGAAAGGGCUUGGGAAAUCAUUGCAAGGAAUAGCUAAACCUAUUACUCUGACCGCCAGUGAAAAGUUCUUUGGGGUAGGCUUCUUACCUACUCCAACUAAUCCGGUGCCGCAUCUGUACAGAAUAUUUGUCAAGCCAAAAUACAAUGAGGAAGAGGAAGAUAAGGCCUUUACGGCCGGAGAAAUCGAAGAAAUCUGUGGGGCCAUGAGGAAGAUACUAUAUGAAGCCCACAUGGUUCAAACAGGGGAAGGCUCAAGCACCGCUGAGGUGUUGUAUAUGGGACCUAAUGCCAAACUGCAUAAUUGGAAGCAAAAGCAAAGAAAGUUUAAAACUGACAUCAGUGACCAGAUCAAAGAAGAAGUCACAAAACAGCUGAAAGCAGGGGUGAUCCGAGUAGUUCGGUAUACCAUAUGGCUAGCUAAUGUAGUUCCAGUGCCAAAGAAAGACGGGAAGACCCGGGUGUGUGUGGAAUACAGGGAUCUAAACAAG